UUAUGCCAGAGAGCUAAAAGGCAGUCAGUACUUGUACUGAGUUUGUGCGAGCAAUGCAAUCGACAAACUGGGCGACUGUCCCUCGAAUUUGAUUAGGUUCAAAAAGUAGAUACAAAAAGACCCCUCAAUACACGUUUAUCGAAUACACUCAAGUAAUAUAAGAAAAAAAAUCAGUGAUCUGGCGAGAAGUAUUACUAUACACGGUUUGAAAUAUUUAAACGGAUCCACGUGCAAAAUUGACAAAAUACACACAUUUCUAGCAAUGUCUAUGAUGAUUUCUGUCUUUGCAACUUGUUUCCUACUGUUGUACCAAAUUUGGGUAAAACACUGUCAGAAUGAUAUGCAAACAAUUGUAUUGGAGAGUUCAGAGUAUAGAAAUGAUUUUCCAAGUGUCACCUUUUGUCCACAAAGACCAAUGACGGAGGAAAGGAUUAACAAAAUUUUACAAAGGAUGAUCUUGCCUACUGGUCUGCGAGCAUCAAAAUUUAGACACAAUAUAAGGCAUUACCAUGAGUUCCUAGCUCACACAAAAAUAGACAACGCAACCAUAUUUGAGAUGAUCAAUAUAUUGAAAAUUAACAACAUGACGAUGAAUGAUUUGAUAAAUGAUCUUAUUGAUCCCUGUGAGAGCUUUUUACAUUCCUGCUAUUUCGACGAGAGGAAAAUCUCGUGUAGUCAUUAUUUCAAAAAAAUAAUGGCUGCACGUAGAUAUUGUUGUACUUUCAAUAAUCGUUUUUAUUCUGACAAGAACGAGAACACGUAUCGUCCCAAGACAAAGUCUGUGAAGUAUAGUCCAUAUUCCGGCUUGGUUCUUCGUUUCAAUGAAAAUCGAUUUGGGAGUAACACAAUCGAUAAUAAUGAAACGAAAAGUAGUGUUUCUAAUGAAAAUAAAAUCUGGAUAUGUGUACUCAAUUCUUAUGAGAGUCUAUCCGGUACACUCAUCAACUAUGCGAUACAACCUGGUAAAGAAUUACACAUCCAAGUGGAGGUGUCGGUGAAAUACGCGGGAAAUGAUUUACACAAUGAUUGCGUUGAUGGUGACGUUGAGGAACGACCGUAUGUUCCAUUUUACUCCGUUUCCAAUUGCAAAUUGAGCAGCAAAAUUCAAAAAGCCUAUCAGCAUUGUAACUGCAUUCCUUACUUUUACGCCUAUGGACUUGUCAAUCAUUCGAAGGAAAUAUGUGAUAUCGAAAAGACAAUUUGUUUAAACGAUAAUCACAACGAUAUAUGGCGAGAUAAGCAGAAUUCAAAAUAUUACUAUGAAUCGCUGUGUCCAUCCACGUGUAAAAUAUUUAACUUGCGGAAAACAACUACCGAUAUACCCAUAAAUGGAGGAGAUUUCGCGUGUUCUCGGAUAUAUGAAAACAUAACGAAUUGUGGUGCCAUCUUGAGAGUUUAUUUAAAAACGGAAAUUUCGAACUUAUUUAAGCAAGAGGACGUAAAAAACGAAUUUAACUAUUUUGCAUAUUUAAGCUACAUUUUCAGUUUCUACUUGUGCUCCAGGAUCAUCAGUAUUUUUAAAAUUCUUUGUUUUAUUGAUUUACUCAUUACAUUCUUUUUAUUAAUCGCACUUUUCACUAGAAACAAUUAUCAGUAAAUCACGUGCUUUGGAAAAGUAGAAAGAUUUUUGAAAUCCGGAUAUGAGUAUAUAUUGAUUAGCAACAAUCAAUUGGAACAGUUAGAGCAACGUACAUAGUAAAGUUACAAAGUAUAUAUUGUAUGUACGCGUCAAGAUGUUGUAGUUUUAUUUUGAAAAUAUAUAUCAUAUUGAUUUUUAUUGCCAAUAAAUUUUAUUAAAAAUAAAUUAUAUCUAGUGAUGAAAACCUUGUUCUAAAUAUAAAUAUUAUUGUUGUGUGCUCAACGUUUUCCAUAUUGAGCGCUAUGCUGGAACUUUAAUUAACAAAGACAUGUAUGACUGCCGGUAGAAUUACAAUAAUUAAAUACAUGGAAUAAUUACAUUCAUUAUCGAGAAUGCGAAUUUUAAUAAAAUAUUGAGAGCAUGCAAGUCGAAUAAUUUUUUUUUUUUCGAUAUUCGGAUUAGAUUUGGACAAAUUUGACUCAAUAGGCAUAGCAUAAUCGUGAAUCACAAAUAUUUGUGAAUAGACCAAUUCCCAGACUAUACAUUGUGAUCGAACAAAAAUAUAACAUAAAAAAUAUUGUUAUCAGAUUUAAAUCAAACAAAAUACUAUAGUCAACAAAUUAUAUUAUCCACGUAAGGGAACCGAAUAUUGUCCUUUUUCGUGAACGUAAUAUUUUUUUGAUUUGCUCUAUUAAAAAUCGUAUAACAUACUUCUCUGACAUCUAUUCCUAGGAACUAGAACCUCUUCCUA